AUGCAGAUUUUCGUGAAGACCUUGACGGGUAAGACGAUCACUCUCGAAGUGGAGUCCUCUGACACUAUUGACAACGUCAAGAGCAAGAUCCAGGACAAGGAGGGUAUUCCACCAGACCAACAACGGUUGAUUUUCGCAGGGAAGCAGUUGGAGGACGGCAGAACGCUGUCCGACUACAAUAUCCAAAAAGAGUCCACUUUGCACCUUGUCUUGAGGUUGAGAGGCGGUAUGCAGAUUUUCGUCAAGACCUUGACGGGUAAGACCAUCACUCUCGAAGUGGAGUCCUCUGACACUAUUGACAACGUCAAGAGCAAGAUCCAGGACAAGGAGGGUAUUCCACCAGACCAACAACGGUUGAUUUUCGCAGGGAAGCAGUUGGAGGACGGCAGAACGCUGUCCGAUUACAAUAUCCAAAAAGAAUCUACCUUGCACCUUGUUCUAAGGUUGAGAGGUGGUAAGUAA